ACAAGCCACUUGCCACUGAGGAGAAACUUCAAGAAGCUUGCUCAUACAGCUUUGUUCUUUCUUCCUGCCCAAGGAUGUUGGAGCUCGGACCACGAUGGAUGAGGCUGGUCUGCUUGACAGUUUUAUGUCUGUGUCUCUGUCUGCCGAGGGAAUCAAACGCCAGGAGAGCCCCCAAGAUACCUCGCUGUCCUUCAACCUGCUCCUGCACCAAAGACAGUGCCUUCUGCGUGGACACUAAGGCCAUCCCUAAGAGCUUCCCCCCUGGAAUCAUUUCUCUGACGAUGGUGAACGCAGCCUUCACUACAAUCCCAGAAGGAGCUUUCUCACACCUACACCUGCUGCAGUUCCUGCUGUUGAACUCCAACACAUUCACUAUGAUCGCUGAUGAUGCUUUUGCUGGUCUGUCCCACCUGCAAUAUCUGUUCAUCGAGAAUAAUGACAUCCAGGCUCUGUCAAAGUAUACCUUCAGAGGACUCAAGUCCCUGACUCAUCUAUCUCUCUCAAACAACAACCUGCAGCAGCUGCCUAGAGAUCUCUUCAAACAUCUAGACAUCCUCACAGAUCUAGACCUGCGUGGGAACUCUUUCCGCUGUGACUGUAAAAUCAAGUGGCUGGUAGACUGGAUGGAGAAAACCAACACUUCUGUUCCUGCUAUCUACUGUGCCAGCCCCUUUGAAUUCCAGGGACGCAGGAUCCACGAUCUUGCACCGCGAGACUUCAACUGCAUCAGUGCAGAUUUUGCUGUGUAUGAAACCUUCCCUUUCCACUCUGUGUCGGUGGAGUCUUAUGAGUACAAUGGAGAUCAGUUUGUGGCCUUUGCUCAGCCUGAUUCAGGUUUCUGUACACUGUAUAUAUGGGAUCAUGUGGAGAUGAUCUUCAGGAAGUACCACAACAUUUCCUCUCGUUCUGCUGUUUACUGCAAACCUGUGGUGAUAAACAACACGCUUUACAUGGUUGUGGCCCAACUUUUCGGGGGAUCUCAUAUAUACAAGUGGGAAGAGGACCCACAGCGCUUCGUCAAGAUCCAAGACAUUGACACCAGCCGGGUGAGGAAACCCAACUUUGUGGAGACCUUCCAGCUGGAUGGAGAGUGGUACUUUGUAGUAGCGGACAGUUCCAAGGCGGGCUCCACCAGCAUUUAUCGCUGGAACAGCAAUGGUUUCUACUCACACCAGUCCCUCCAUCCUUGGCAUCGAGACACCCAUGUCGAGUUCCUGGAUGUUGGGGGAAAGCCUCACCUCAUCCUCUCCAGCGCCUCUCAACCGCCGGUGGUUUACCAAUGGAACCGAAACCAGAAGCAGUUUGCUUUCUUCUCCCAGAUCACAGAGCUAGCCGACGUGCAGAUGGUCAAGCACUUUUGGGUGAGGAAAGUUCUUUACCUUUGCCUCACACGCUUCAUUGGUGACUCCAAGAUCCUCCGCUGGGAAGGGCAGCGUUUCGUGGAGAUCCAGACUCUCCCUUCUCGGGGCUCAAUGGCAGUGUAUCCCUUCACAGUGGGCCUCCGCCAGUACCUCAUUCUUGGAAGUGAUUUCUCCUUCUCCAGAGUCUACCUGUGGGACGACCUCACUCAGCGCUUUCAGCCCUUCCAGGAGCUCAACAUGAGAGCCCCAAGGGCGUUCAGUUUGGUAUCCGUCGACAACAAGGACAUCCUGCUGGCCGCCAGCUUCAAAGGCAAUACCCUGGCCUACCAGCACCUGGUGGUUGAUCUCAGUGCCAAAUAG